CACUCCCAGGUUGAACAUAAUGUCUGUACAGGGUGGCCACGCCCUAUUGUCCUGGUAAGUAAAGGAUCCUUGCUGGGCGUCAGAUCUGGAUCACACAUUGGUUGCUGGCUUGUGACAUCAGCACUUGUCCAUCUGAAAUGAUAAGGCAUCCCUCUCUGUCUUGCUGCACGUUCCACGUUCCAUGUUUUCAGUGUAAUAGAAAAACAGUGGUAUGAACCAGAAGUAAAAAGAAUAUGUCAUUUCACCAGAGGGUCUGGACAUUUUAGGGGCUGAUAGGGGAACCUGUGUGACAGAAUUUAUUGUAUUUCAUACUCUUACCAUCGCUGACUCAGCAUUGCUUCCUGAAACGAGGGCUUAGAGGCUGUGCAGCCAGAUGUUCAAAGGCAUGGAGAAGGAAGGCAGUAGCUGCUAUGUUUACUUGGGUAUUACUCUGUGUUUACUGUGGAAUAAAGACUGAGCCGUAACGACCCUGUUUUGAGACACUUUCUGUGGGAAUGAAUGGCGGACUCCAGUUCCUCUAGGUGAAGCAAUUUCACUUAACACACCAACAAGGCCUCUGAGAAGGUAGCCCAAUAACGUGAUCCCGGCAUCCCAACGGUGCCUGGCAUGUGAUAGACUCCCAAUAAACAUUUGUUGAAUGAAUAAGUGAAUUGAAGGUUUACUUUUAUCUGUGGCUCUGCAGAACCAUUGUUUGAUCCUGUGGAGCUUGGAGAAUGUCUUGGGUUAUAUAUCAGGAUGAGUUUCCUCUUUGGUGCCCGUGUGAAAGCUGGAGAAAGUGUUCUGGUUCAUGGGGCUAGUGGAGGGGUUGGAAUAGCAGCAUGCCAAAUUGCUAGAGCUUAUGGCUUAAAGGUUUUGGGCACAGCUGGUACUGAGGAAGGACAAAAGAUUGUUUUGCAAAAUGGAGCCCACGAAGUGUUUAAUCACAAAGAAGCUAAUUACAUUGAUAAAAUUAAGAAAUCUGUUGGUGAAAAAGGAGUUGAUGUGAUCAUUGAAAUGCUAGCGAAUGUAAAUCUUAGCAACGAUUUGAAUCUUUUGUCACAUGGAGGACGAGUAAUAGUUGUUGGCAGCAGGGGUCCUAUUGAAAUAAACCCUCGGGACACCAUGGCAAAGGAAUCUAGCAUAAUAGGAGUUGCUCUCUAUUCAUCCACCAAGGAGGAAUUUCAGCAGUUUGCAGCAGCCCUUCAAGCUGGAAUGGAAAUUGGUUGGUUGAGACCAGUAAUAGGUCCCCAGUAUCCAUUGGAGAAGGUGGCCCAGGCUCAUGAAGAUAUCAUUCAUAGCAGUGGGGCUACUGGAAAAAUGAUUCUUCUCUUAAAAUGAUUAAUCCUUCCACAGAUUUCCUGCGUAAUUAAAGGUUUCUUACCUCAGUUUUACGUACAGUA